AUGUGCCGGGUGGAUGAAGAGCCGUUGGUGUUGCAGCAGUUUCUCCGGUUCAUGGAGACCCGGCAGUUGGCCUACGAGAUGCUUGUUGGUCUUGGCCGUCAGCUGCAGUAUCUACUGCAUCAUCAGGCCCAGCCGCAGUUGGAGGUGACCAGCGAGGCCGAGAAGAAGACGGACUUUGAUCGUUUGACCAGUUCGGCCGCGAUGGCGCAAGUCGGUGAGGCUGACGACGGCGGCAGCUUGUGUCGUGUCCCCAUCGAGGCGGGCGGAGGAGGUAGGGCAGGUGGCAACAGCACCGGAGCCAGGCAUCGGAUGAGCGGCAGCCGACCGGGGCAAGAUGAAUCGUCUGCGUCGGGCCGCAACAUUCCCCUGGCCUCGAGAGAAGGGGGCCGCUGCGCCCCAACUGGGAGGAACUGGCCGAGUCUGCGUCUGCCGACGAGCCCAGAAGCGACCGGCUGUCUGCCGGACUGCCUCAAGACCGAGGCCUCCGGUACCGACGGAGUCGAGAGCCAGUACCCUUCCGAGGCGAGCGACUCGAUCGGCUCAGUCGAGGCUCUGUUGUCGCGUUUUCGCGGCCACGAUCCGGCUCGACCGCCCACCCAGUAUCGGCCAGACAGCGCCACCAGCACCAACACCAGCACCAGCGGACUCUUCGUCCUGUCGAGUCGGGCGGUCGAAGAGCAGCACUCGUCCAGCCUCACGGUAUCCACCCUCUCGGGUAGCUCCUCUUCGUCCACCUCGCCCCAGGCCGGCCUCGGCGACCACUCUUCCACCCGCCACUCUGCCAAGUCGAUGGCAUCUCCGACCAGUCCAAGACUGACGCAUGGACAGCCUGGCCUCAGACUGGCGUCCAAGUGCAGACUGGACGGGCUCAAGGCGGCCUUCUGCGAAGGCAUCGGUGAUCCUGCGUCCGGACAGACGAGGUCGCCAGCCAACAACGAUUGCCUACGAUCGCUUCCUCAAACUCCGCCGAGCACUCCGGUCUCGAACCCGCCAUCACUGGCCGGCCAGGCAACCGGAUGCCCUACCGAUGCAACUGUCACUAGCGCCAAUAGCAACCACUUUCUGGCCGCCAUGACAGCAGUCGCUUUGGCGUCGGGCGGCCUGCCCUUCACCAUGAGCCCCUUUGGCCUGGCCUCGCUGAUGCCAGGCCUCCAGGGCCUACCGGGCCUUGGCAACUGUCAACAAACAGACAUUAGACCUGCAGAUCGCAGCUUGGGCAACUGUAGAAGUCAACUAGUCAUGCCUCCUGAGGGCGUAACGCUGCCCACUUCCCUCCCCUCCUCAUUAUCUUCCUCCUCUUCUUCCUCCUCCUCCUCCUCCUCAUCUACUCCUUCUACCCUUUCCUCCACGUCUGCCUCGUUCAGAGCCGCAUUCGCCAUGCUACCCUCCUACGCAGCCUCGACUGCCUCGUGUCCGCCAGCCUCGCUGACCUGCGGUCCCGCUGGCUCUGGGCUCGAGUCUCUUCCUCUUGGACUCCCGCUUCAGCUCGCUUUGUCUUCUGCUUCGUCUUCCCAAUCGUCGGCUCAUUUCCCUCCGUUCACUUCGACUCAGCCCAAACACGCCUCUCCCACAAUCCACUCCGCAUGCCUGACUGGCUCCAACGGCCUCGUUGGCCAAAGGAAUUCACCGACCCACGGACUCGACACCUUUUUCACCGGCCUCGAAGCGUGUGCAGCCAAGCCGGCCAUUCGCGAUGUGCCCCACGAGCGGAAUCGGCCUUCCGACUCUUCAAUGGGCAGCCCCACCUUCGUCACCUCAGCCGCAUCAACUGCAGCUCUCUCCUCCUCCUAUUCCCCUCUUCCAGCCAACCAUGCCACCUCUCCCUCUUCCUCCUCCUCCUCCUCCUCCUCCUCCUCAUCUUCCUGCUCCUCCUCCUCCUCC